UACAAUAUUUAUCAGGUGAAACGAGUCUCUGGGUAGAUUGCUUUAGUUGUAUUUAUAAAGAAACACAAAUUUGCAUAAACAUGCGUACCCUAAUUAUAAGAAAAACUAGAUAAUACCGUGUUGAAUAUUUUACCGCAGAUCUGAUUCACGAAAGGUUAGGUUUAAAAUUAGUAGUUUAGUAUCCCGUGACUCGCACACCUAACCACAACGUACGAUAACUAUAAAAACAAGCAAACGCUAUAGCAAACAGUUCGUACAAAUAAAAUCAGAAUAUUAUAAAUUCGAAAUGUAAGAAACCAUUAUAAUUGCACCUAAUUAAUUCGUAUAUAAAUAAAUAAUGCAAAUAAUAAACGCAAUAGUGCAGAAAUGCUUUUUGCUGCCAUUGUAUACGCCUUUGAUCGAUCGUGUACAUAUUUGCCUACAUACCACAGUGAACUGAUGCUACGAUAAACAAAGAUCUAGAUGCAAUUAAUUGCUGUCAGGAUACGUGGCUGUAUCGCGUAUUACGAGGUUAACUAGGAAAAAAAUACGAAGGAGAAAAACACGCCAGUCGACUCGACAGUAUACGGAGAAAAGGAGAGUUGAUUGUACAUUGUACAAGCAUUCUCUGUGCUCGUAGUGAAUCGUAGGAUGUGCGAGACUGGAGGAGAGAGAAAAAGGCGAUUCAAAGUGGGUAGGAGGUGUGCACACCUCUUACGAGUUUACGAGGCCUACGUCGAACUGAACGAACGGACAGUUACCUUUCCGUUUCGAGACCGCGAACAUCUACCUCUCGUUAUCGCCGCGAAUAAAUCGGUGAUUGCUUCUCGAUUCCUCGAGGAGAAUCAUGUGGAUCCUUGCGUUUUUUUACGGGUUUCUAACCACGGCCCAGGCAAUCUCUACCUCCUGGAGUCCGUCGUUUCCAACGCCAACUGCCAGCGCCUUGCACCAAGGCACCGCCGCUAUCUUCGAAAGUGCACAGCCUCUUUACGACGCAGCAAGCUCGUCGUUGCUGGCACACCAAGAAGAAGACGGAUGUACACUGUAUAAAAUUGCUAUGAAACAGCAACUCUACUUUGAGUACGUUCACUACAAGACGCAGCUGCCGGACAUGAAGGAGUUCACGCUGUGCAUGUGGACCAAAUUCUACAAUCACACCAACGACCAUCCUUUGUUUUCGUACGCAGUGGGAGAUCAACCACGUGGCAUCCUCUCCUGGGUCGCCAACACCGCCAGGAGUUCCUACUACAUGAUGAACAUCGACGGGCACAACUUGUACAGAUUGAAUUAUCCGCUCCGUCUGAACAAGUGGUAUCACAGCUGCCAAAGCUGGAACGGUCGUACAGGAGAAUGGCAGAUCUGGGUCAACGACGAGCGCGUAGGUCGCGGCUUCAACAACAGGUUGGUUGGCCACGUCAUCAAAGGGGGUGGAAUUGCGAUCACUGGACAAGAGCAACGACAGCUGGGCGGUGGCUUUUUGGAAGGCGAUGGCGCUCCUCCAGGAUCUGGCGGUCUUGUGGGUGAAAUAACAAUGGUGCAGCUGUACGAGGUCGCGCUGACGGCCGGCAAAGCCCACAAGGAUCACAAACACCAUCACGGCCAUCACUACGAGCACGACACCACCAACAACACGCCCAGACCUACGCGUCCUCCUGUAACAGGCCGACCACUUCCGCAACAUCCCUACCUCACUGGUGGACAAAUCAAUCAUCAGGUAAAAAUCAAUCCAGGGUCGCCGCUGCAAAUCGUUCAAGGAGGCGUCACCCUGAGGCAUCCUGCGGUGAUUCCCCGCAAGCCAUCACCUCAACCCUUUCCCCCCGCGAAUCCCAAUUCCGUCUCCGCAGCCUUCCCUCUGCAAUCCAGCCAGUUCUUCGGCAACCUACGCUCUAGCGUUAGUUUGCCCCCGGCGAGCGAAAUAACCGACGUGGGAGCCAGCUCGUAUCACAAUCUCUUUAAGAGAGAGAAGGAUUCGUCGGCUGUUGAAGCCGAGAGCAACGAGUCGGACUCGAGCGCUGAGCAAGCGUCCAGCGUGGCAAAGAGGCAGACCGACGAAGAGACAGUUUCAGAGGGAAAACCUUCCGAUGGGAAGGUAACGUUCGUGCCAAGAGAAGACGUAGAGUCUGCGAAAGACAGGAAGCUAGAGAAACGCGAUUCGACGAAAAAGAAACGAGGCCUGGUGCAACUGGGCGACGGUCUAAUCGUCGACGACGGUUACAUCAGCCAAGGCCUAGACAACGAUUAUUUCGCAGGCCUCACCAAUUUCGGUCUGCAACUACCAAAAUACGAAAACAAGGACGACGAAAGGGAACCAGCAGAAGGUGAAGUCAGAACCAUCAUGGACGUCUGCGACGGUUGUAGCGAGGAACCUUUCGUCAAAGCUCUCAUCUUUGGUUGGAGGUCCGUGCCUAAGAAACUGUACUCUGGCGCGGUGCACAUCCCAGCCGCGUCAAUGUGCAAAGCGUUUUAAACACAUUCACGAU